CUCAGUUGUUGUAGUAACCAGGAAGAUUAACGGCGUUGUGAUGCUUCCGCCAGCUAGUUAGCUGUUAGCGUUUCUGCACCGGAAGGUACGGCAUAUGGUAUAACUGCAAGUCCGUGCCAACGUCUUUGUAUUUGCGGUAAGAAGGUUUCAUCGCCGCCACAGAACAGCUUUCGUUAUUUCCUGGAGGAUUUCACCGGGUCGUCAGCCGGACUUUGAUGGGAAAAUGCCAGCCGUGGCUCGGGAGAAAGAGGACUCUGAGUCUUCUUCUGAGGACGAACAAGGAGAACAUCCUUGCAUUGCAUGGAGUGGCAUUAGCAGGACAAUCCCAGUUAUUGUUUUUCUACCUGAGGCUGUUGUUUCAAAAAACAGGCGUAUCUGCUCUGCUGGAGAGAGAUAUAAUAUGUCCUUCAAGAUUGUUCGCACAGAUAGCCGCCUAGUACGACGAAUACUCAUCAAUCAUGGGUUUCAUGAGGUUCACCCAAACAGUAACAACUUCAACUUGAUGUGGACUGGAUCUCACCUCAAGCCUUACCUACUGCACAGCCUUCAAGAGUUCCAGAAGGUCAACCACUUUCCCAGGUCAUAUGAAUUAACUCGCAAAGACCAUCUCUAUAAAAACAUCCAGCGGAUGCAGCAGACUUAUGGCUUCAAAAACUUCCAUAUAAUUCCUCAGACCUUUGUGCUUCCCUCUGAGAGCGAGGAAUUCCGCAGUUGUUUUGCUAAGGACAAGGGGCCAUGGAUAAUUAAACCAGUUGCAUCUUCAAGAGGACGGGGAAUCUAUUUGGUCAGCAAUCCAAAUCAGAUUUCAAUGGAUGAAAACAUCUUGGUGUCUCGCUACAUAAAUAACCCCCUAUUAAUCGAUGAGUUCAAGUUUGACGUUCGUUUAUAUGUAGUGGUGACAUCCUUCAACCCGCUGCUCAUCUAUGUCUAUGAAGAGGGUCUUGCUAGAUUUGCUACAGUUAAGUACGAUCAGACUACAACACACAUCAAGAACAAUUUCAUGCAUCUCACCAACUACAGUUUGAACAAAAAGAGCAGUGAUUAUGUCAGCUGCGAUGACCCUGAAGUUGAGGAUUAUGGGAACAAAUGGAGUAUGAGUGCAGUGUUGAGGUAUUUGAAGGAGGAGGGAAAGGACACCACAUUGUUGAUGAGGCAAGUGGAGGACCUCAUCAUCAAAGCCGUGCUUAGCGCCGAGCUGCAGAUAGCCACAGCCUGCAAGAUGUUUGUUCCUCAUAAAUCAAACUGCUUUGAACUCUACGGGUUUGAUGUCCUAAUUGACUCCAAUCUUAAACCGUGGUUGUUAGAGGUGAACCUUUCACCCUCUCUGUCCUGCGAUGCACCCUUGGAUCUGAAGAUAAAGGCUAGCAUGAUUGCAGACAUGCUUUCACUUGUGGGCCUCGUGGGUCAAGACCCCCUGUCGAAACAGCCUCGUUCAGAUCGAUUCACAGUCGACAAGAAAGUGGGACCAAGACUGCAGCACAGGACUGUAUCAGCUGUUAGUUCGGAAACAAAUGGAUUAAGCGACAAGCAAAAAGCUAAAAUCAGCCUAGAAGAGAGCACUCUGAAUCUGACUACUGAGGAGAUCAAAGUGCUAAGGAGGAUAAAAGAGGAGUAUGAGAGGAGAGGGGGUUUUAUAAGAAUCUUCCCCACCAAGGAUACAUGGGAGCUUUAUGGAGCAUAUCUCGAGGCCAAGCCAUCACUGAACUCCUUGCUGGCAAAGCGACUUUUCCAUGGAAGACCCAUGCACAGGCACACUCACCUGUUGUCGGACGCAGCCCAUGGCCGUCACGUUGUUCAGUAUGAGAGGAAGCUGCUGUCUCUCGAAGCACAAAAAAGUAAAGAACGCCACCUGAGUCAUCAUUCUGCAGUCAGGAGAAAAAAACUGAGGAAGGAAUCCAAGGCCUUCCUGGCUGAAAACAGAAGCCAGGAGACCGAGGAGUGUUCUCAGGAGGAAAUCGAGGAGGCGAAACAGCCUCUUGAGCCACUCCCGCUCAAGGUUUUGGACAUGGAGCAAAGUAAACAAGCGACCACACCAUUGGAGCAAAGCCACAACAAACCUGAGUCCAGCUUAGAUGCAGCCAUGCAGAAUGCCAGGCCCACAGUCAACCUCCUGAACGUCCUUCAGCAGGGGCGGGACCUCAGCAAAGUGCAGGCUCGGAUGGCUUUUUCCUCUUACCUUCAGCGAGUCCAGUGCAGGCUUUUAGUUGAGAGCAAAACCAACUCUAUCCCAACAUGGCCAGACGAUGACAACGACCAAAUGGUAAGGUCUCAAAUGGAGCUUGUGAUACGAUUCUUGAGAAGAGCUGCCACUAACCUUCAACAAGACAUAAACAUUGUUUUGCCCAAUCACCAGUUACCACUCCAAGAUCGCAGACGCAUCCUGUCCUACCAGUUAGGAGAGUUCAUCCAGUGUUACAAUAAGGAAACUGAGUUGAUGACAAAGCAGGAAAGUGGCGAAGAGGAGCAUAGUGUUAACGAUAGUGUAUUUCAAGAGUUCAUUACGGGAGCAAGUGAGAACGAUCUGGAGGAAGUACUGACAUAUUAUACACAUAGAAAUAAAUCAGCCAACGUCUUCUUAGGAAAUAGAGUUAGAAGUGUCAAGGCUCAGGAUUCAGGCAGCAGGGCAAAUUCUAAAACUUUGCCUGUGACCAAAGAGGACUCCAGAGCUUCAGAGUCCUCUGCAGGGAAAGUCUGCAGUGACCCAAACAUCAAAUCCUCUGAGACUCAAUUGCCUGUGCAGCGUUCAGACCAACAGGCUGCCGUUACAGCCAGUAAAACUCAACCAGAUGUCCAGUCAUCUCAGCACUGCUCCGGUUAUUCUCCAAGUUCAGACUGCGCAAACAUUCAUCUGCAGCACUGCUCUCCUACUACAAAAUCCAUUCCUCUUCACUGCCCCCCACCGCCGCCACCUCCGCAGCCACCGUCUUACGCACAGUCCUUGGCCAAGUCUAACUUUUGCCAUUUGGAAACUCUUUCCGAUCCUCCCGCAUACACCUCUGCCCCCGUCAUCACGCAGCCAAAAGUGAAUCGGACACCCACAUCUACCAGCUCUAAUGGAGCUUCUGCUGUGCCACCAAACCAGGCUUUGAGAAGGAUUCCGUCUGUUACUACACCCACAACCAACUCCAAAACUACAUUUGCAAUACCAAGUGCCACGCACAUCUACAGCCAGACGUUCUCUCGACCUACCUCAGCAUAUCAAGGGAUGUACAGGAGCCGUUCCAAGCACAAGAGUAACUCAGAGGGGACUUUGAGGGACUUACAAUCUUUGUCUGCCCAAGCCCAGUCAAAUCAGCAAGCAUUCAUCUCGGCCCUGCAGAAACUGGCUGACAAGCAGGUUGCUCGCCACUAUGCCAGCUCCAGUCACAUCAACCUGCUGACACACCAUCUGACCAACCUGAACCUGGCCAACAAGAUGCUGGGUCGAGAGAGUUACACACUGAGCCCUAAAGCUUCUGCAACCCACAGGCCUGUGAGAACUUUUCAGGCCGGAAAAGACUAUCUAGCCGGUACAAGGCCACCAAAGUGCAAGGAGGGUAUAUGGGACCCACAGAUGCAGGCUGCCCCCAAUGUGGUGAUGGGUUUGAACUCCACGCAGAGCAGUCAGUCAACCAAAGGAAGCUACCAGUUGCAGUUUGCUAUCCAGCAGCUGCAACAACAGAGAUUAAAGACCCAUCAGCUUUUAGACAGGGACCAUUCCAGAAACCAGACCCAGUUUCAUGACCAGACAAGCAGUCCACACCUGCAGGUAUCCACAAAACCAUCCAGCUUACAUGUUCAGUCCAGUCCCAACCACAGGCAGACCAGUGUUAGCCCGGUUUAUACUCCAAAGCCACCCAGCAGCACGCUGGAAGGACAGGGCAGGAAAACAGCAACAAAGCGCCUAAUAAAGCAGAUGUCCUCAGAGAGUUCAGCCAGUGGUUCCAUGUCAAGCAACCAGCAGGUGGUCUACGAGGCCAUUUGCGGUAAAACAGGUUUUCCUGCGUACAGCAGGCUGUUCCAGGUCCAGGAGCCCUCCCACAGAUGACACGAAGAGGAUCUAGGGCACGUCCUGCCGUUCUGCAGGCCUGACAGGUGUCUGUGCAUGUAACCACAUCUCACAAGGUGAUAUUCUGGGAAAGGACAACAGAUUAAAGUAUGCCUAACAUUGAGUAGUAUGCUAUUAAUUCAUCCAGCGUGCUGCCAUAGACAUGCGAGGCCAAGAACUCCAAGCUUUGACGCAGGUUGGGAUUUAGUUGCACAACUCCAGGCCCGCCACCCACCCCAAACCUUCAUCGCCCUUGACUUCUGCCAGUCUACAUCUGAGCAGCUGCCCGCUCUCAUUCCCUCCAUGCCACCAAAGCCACAGGAAGGUUUCACUGACAGAUAGCCUUCAGCAUAUGGGUCCACAAAACCUGUUGGAGUGUGCACCUCUGGCUGGGUAACAACAUCUCUUCAACCAAGCGACAAAAAAAAAAAAAAUACAGCCAGACAAGCAUAAUGAGAGAGUUUUAGUGAUUUUUGUUUGACAAGCGUUGUUAGCGCUGAAUAAGUAGCUUCUUGUGUUACGGCAGCACAUGGUGAGCAUGAAAGUACCUUUCAUGUGAGGCUUCUAACUAUUCUGAAAGCCAUGCAGCUGCCAAAUCUCUGCCCAUUGCCUGAGGACAAGUAAAAGUAUAGCUUCCUGCAGCUUGUAAGCCGAAACAUUCAGAUAGCUUAAAAGGAUAUCCGAAGGGGUGCUGCCUUGUCUCCUGUUUUUGAAGAGUUCGCAAUUUAACCUGUAACUUUUGUUGUGAAAUGUAAAGAUGUUGAUAUUCUUCACAUGGAUGGAUUAAAUUAAAUGUGGAAAUUAUUGUCA